GGGAGGUUAUCUGGCGCCUGUAGAAGCUCGGCUAACUCUGUCCAUGUCCACAGAGGUGGCAGGCAGGUUCCUGGUGUCAGAGACCUCCACACACCUGCUAGUGUUUGGCAUGGAGCAGCGGCUGCCGCCCAACAGCGAGCUGGUGCAGGCGGUGCUGCGGCUGUUCCAGGAGCCGGUCCCCAGAACCGCUCUCCGGAGGCAGAAGAGGCUGUCCCCAUACGGUGCCCGGGCUCGGGUCACCAUUGAAUGGCUGCGCUUCCGCGACGACGGCUCCAACCGCACCGCCCUCAUCGACUCCAGGCUUGUGUCCAUCCACGAGAGCGGCUGGAAGGCCUUCGACGUGACCGAGGCCGUGAACUUCUGGCAGCAGCUGAGCCGGCCGAGGCAGCCGCUGCUGCUCCAGGUGUCGGUGCAGAGGGAGCAUCUGGGUCCGGGGACCUGGAGCGCCCACAAGUUGGUCCGCUUUGCAGAGCAGGGGCCGCCGGGCGAGGAGGGGCGGGGCGAGCCACAGCUGGAGCUGCACACGCUGGACCUCAAGGACUAUGGAGCUCAAGGCAACUGUGACUCUGAGGCCCAGGUGGUGACAGAAGGCACGAGAUGCUGUCGCCAGGAGAUGUACCUGGACCUGCAGGGGUUGAAGUGGGCUGAGAACUGGAUCCUGGAGCCCCCAGGCUUCCUGACCUACGAGUGUGUGGGCAGCUGCCUGCAGCCACCGGAGGCCCUGACCGUCAUGUGGCCGUUUCUGGGCCCACGGCAGUGCAUUGCUUCAGAGAUGACCUCCCUGCCCUUGAUUGUCAGCGUGAAGGAGGGAGGCAGGACCAGGCCUCAGGUAGUCAGCCUGCCCAACAUGAGGGUGCAGACAUGUAGCUGUGCCUCGGAUGGGGCGCUUAUUCCCAGAAAGCUGGAGCCAUAGGCACAGGGUGUGGCCUCCCCAAGGAUGUGACUUUCAUGUGUAUCUGAAGUGCUCAUUAUACCACGAGGUGGGGGGGAUUCUGAAUCCCUGCUAGGCAAAUGCUCCUUGUGUGCUCUGCAUUUGCUUCCUCGGAAACCAGCCUUCAAGGAACACGACUCUCUG